AUGCAGAGACCCAGCGGCCAAGGGGCCGCCUUCUCCAUUGACUCGCUGAUCGGGACCCCGCCGCCGCGCUCCGGCCACCUGCUCUACACCGGCUACCCCAUGUUCAUGCCCUACCGGCCGCUGGUGCUGCCCCAGGCGCUGUCGCACGCGCCCCUGCAGUCUGGCCUCCCCCCACUCGCCCCGCUGGCCUCCUUCGCCGGCCGCCUCACCAACACCUUCUGCGCCAGCCUGGGCCAGGGGGUGCCCUCCAUGGUGGCGCUCACUACGGCGCUGCCCAACUUCAACGAGCCCCCCGACGGCUUCUACCCGGCGCAGGAGUUGUCGGCUGCGCGCACCAACCCGGAGCCGGGCUGCAGGCGGAGCGUCGAGAGCUUGGAGGCGGAGGAGCUGCCCCCAGCCCGGGACAAGGGGCCCCCCGAGCCGCCGCUACACUUCCCGGACCCCUUCCCCAACCUGGCAGAUGGCAAGGUGUACAGCUCCGACGAAGAGAAGCUGGAGGUGAAAUCGGCAGAGACCCCGUGCAGUGAGAGGGAAGAGGAGAGCUCCGCACCUGACAGCGAGGAUGAGAGCUUCCUGGAUGGGAGCAGUGCCAGCUGCCUGGGGCCCAAGCCCAAACCCAAGAGCAGCUCCGGUGGGGAGCAGGCCCCCCCCGGCUCCAACCCGGGGAAGAGCCGCCGGAGGCGCACGGCCUUCACCAGCGAGCAGCUGCUGGAGCUGGAGAAGGAAUUCCACUGCAAGAAGUACCUGAGCCUGACGGAGCGCUCGCAGAUCGCCCAUGCCCUCAAGCUCAGCGAGGUGCAGGUCAAGAUCUGGUUCCAGAACCGCCGCGCCAAGUGGAAACGCAUCAAAGCCGGCAACGUCAACAACCGCUCUGGUGAGCCCGUCCGCAACCCCAAGAUCGUGGUGCCCAUCCCCGUGCACGUCAACAGGUUCGCCGUGCGCAGCCAGCACCAGCAGAUAGAGCAGGGCAGCCGGCCCUGAGCCCUGCCACGUGCUCCGGGCUCCAGCUCAGAAACUCUGUGGGAGGAAAACGCCAAAUGCCCCUGGCUGCAAACUAGCAGGCGCAUGCCAUGUCUGGCAGAGGGGCCUGCCUUGCAUGGCCGAGUGGGCCCAGGGCUGACCAAGCUCCCACUCCCCACGCUGCAGCAAAGGGAGACGCUCCAGUGCAGACCCUUGGGGCAGUGCUGCAGGGGGAGUUUUAACUAUUUGUGCUCCAGCCGCUGCUCACAAACCUCUCUGUAAAUAUCCCUUAUUUAUUCUGUGUAAAGUCUGUACAUAUGGAAUUGUGUGUCUCUGUCCGUCUGUCUGGGGGAGUGCGGGGCUGCCUCCGGGAGGGAUGGGGCUCUAGCUGGCGCUGGGCUCCUGUGUGCAAUGAUCAGUCUGUGGGUUCUCAGGCCCCCUACCUCCGCAU